ACGCAUGCGCAGUAGCAAGCAUGUUUGGAAAGAAAAGAAGCUCGACCACCACCAUAGGAGCUUAAAUAAAUAGACUGUAUGGAGGUAAAUAUGUAGCCUUGUAUUUUCAGUGAGACAACAACGACUAACCUAUCUGGGAAGCACUCGACAGUUUCAAUUAAAUGUCAGGACCUUAAGAAAUCACUGAAAAUGCCACUCUUUGGAAACACAUUCAGUCCGAAGAAGACGCCUCCUCGCAAAUCUGCAUCUCUGUCCAGCCUUCACACGCUGGAUCGUUCAACAAGAGAAAUAGAGCUGGGUCUUGAGUAUGGGCCUCCUAUGAUGAACAUUGGAGGUCAGAGUUGGAAAUUUGAAGAUGGACAAUGGAUAACAGAAUCUGGUGGAAAUGCGUCUGGUAGGGAGGUGCAGCGGCUCAAGAAAAGAAAUGUCCAGUUGGAGGAGGAGAAUAACCUCUUAAAACUGAAGAUUGAAGUUCUCCUUGACAUGUUGACUGAGACCACAGUAGAAUACCAUCUGAUGGAGAAAGAAGUGGAAGAUAUAAAGACUCAACAUCGAAGGAAAAAGUGACAGGCUAUUCUGAUCCCUACAUCCAAAUAAAUGUUCAUAAAAUGGAAUGAACUGAUCUUACGUUUACAGAUCAUGUGAACUUUGUUGAUGUAAAAAAAAAGAGGUUACAGGAUGAAAUAGUGAGCUCAUACUUUUUCUCACAAUGAGGACUUCUUGUGUUGGACAUUUUAGCUAAUCAGAUUUAGUGACUUCCUAUAUUUAUUCUUUCCUGCAUUUGUUCAUGAUUUCACCAUAAAUCUGAGUCAGCUGUGAAGAUCUUUGUUGAAUUCACAGCCAGUUUUCUACUCUUUGUACAUAUGUUUGACAUGUACCAGCUGGCAUUCUCCUUUGUAAACUUUCAUAUUGUAUUCUUUUUGUAGAUUAAAAGUAAAUUUAAUUGCAACGAAACAGUUGUUUUUCUUAUUUUAACAUUUAUUUUUUUGAAAAUUACCGGAAUCGCCCUUUGGAUCAAUACUUUCUUUCAUUGUAACAAAUGAAGAAUGACAAAGAAACUGCUGACAGGAAAAGAGAAAGGCUUUGUUCACUAUUUUCCUCCAGCUUGACACAAUUGAGGCAGAUGUGUUAUAUAGUCUAUACGACUACAUCAUGAUCAUAUAAUGUCAGUGUGGGGGAAAAACCAUACCAUGGGAAAUAAAUGUGUUUUUCUCUCCUUCUGGAUCACUAUUGUGAAUCAGAAAUAGUAGCUUUACCAGUAUUGUGAUGCACUGCUUUUAUAGUUAUUCCUCAGUAAAAUUCAGUUUGAAAUUUC